CAUCAUGACGCGCUUACCACAGGAGACGGAAAACUGGGCGCUCAUCAACGCCAUCGAUGAAAGUACGAGGUGGAUGAGGGUCGACUCGGCGGCCGCGUGCGCCUGCCCCACCGUCCCGUACCUUCUCGAGUCCGCGGGGGCGCUCCUCGAGGUCGCCGCCGCGCACGUCGACACGCUCCGCGCGCGCGCGGUCUCGCCGACGCUGGGCGCGGGCAACGCCUCGGGGGCGUCGCCCCGCAGCACGACGUCGCCCGAGUCGUGGACGGCCGUCGCCGACGAGCGCGUCUGGCUCCGCGACCGCGUGGACAAGGUCGAGGCGUUGGUCGCGGAGUCGCACCGCGAGCUCGCGGAGAAGGAGUCGGCGCGCGCCUCGGCGGUCGACGCGAACGCGCGCCUCACGGCGGAGCGCGACGACGCGCUCGCCGCGGCGAGCGCCGCGCGCGCCGAGUGCGACGCCGCGCUCGCCGCCGCCGCCGACGCGCCGCGCGCGGUCUCGCCGACGCUGGGCGCGGGCGACGCCCCGGGGGCGUCGCCCCGCGGCACGACGUCGCCCGAGUCGUGGGCGGCCGUCACGACGAAGGGCUGCGAGGUCGCCGAGGCGGCCGCCGAGCUUGUCUCGCUCCGCAACCGCGUGGCCCAGCUCGAGGCCUCGAACAAGCGGUUCCAGCGCGCCGCCCGGGACGACGCGUUCCGCCGCGACAAGUUGGUCGCGGACUCGCGCCACAAGCUCGCGGAGAAGGAGUCGGCGCACGCCUCGGCGGUCGAGACCAUGCGCGACGGCUCCAAGACCGCCGCGGAGAUCGUCAACCCCAUGAUGGACGAGAACGAUUCGCUGAUGUACGAGAACGCUUCGCUCAAAGCCCGCGACCAGGAGCGCGAGCGCGAAUUCGUGGCUUUGGAGCGCAAGAACGACGACCUGCGCGCCGAGGUCGAGCGCCUCACGGAGCGCCUCGCGGCGGAGCUCGCCGCCGCGGCGCUCGCCGCGGAGCGCGACGUCGCGCCCGCCGCCGCCGCGCCGCGCACGGUCUCGCCGACGCUGGAGCUCAUCGACGAGCUCGGCUCGUCCGCGUCGGCGCCGAAGUCGCCCGGCAGCACGCCCGAGGCGCCGGGCCGCGCGGACCUCGACGCGUCGGACGCGCAGCGGCCCCCCGCGCCGCCGCCCAAGCCGCCGUCGCCCGUCCCGAGCUCCGAGGGCUUCGCGCAGCCGGACGAGGAGUGCGACGACGCCGGCGCGCCGGCGUCGCCCGAGCCGUCGCCCAAGCCGGCGGACGAGGCGUCGCCCGCGCCGUCGCCCGAGCCGGCGGACGAGGCGUCGCCCGCGCCGUCGCCCAAGCCGGCGUCGACGGACGAGUCGGCGCUUGAGCAGCGCGACGCGCCCGCGCCGUCGCCCAAGCCGCCGUCGACGGACGCGCCGGCGUCGCCCGCGCCGGCGGACGAGGCGUCGGACGAGGCGUCGCCCGCGCCGUCCGGGUCGCCCGCGCCGGCGGACGAGGCGUCGGACGAGGCGUCGCCCGCGCCGUCCGGGUCGCCCGCGCCGGCGGACGAGGCGUCGCCCGCGCCGUCGCCCGCGCCGUCGCCCGCCGUCGGCCUCGGCGCGGAGGCGCCGUCGACGGACGAGCCGGCGGAGGCGCGACGCGAGGCGGAGGCGGCGGCGCUGCGCGACGCGUAUGAGGCGGCGCUGCAGGAGUGCUCGGCGGUCGUCGAGGCGUGUCGUUCGGCGUUGGCCGCCGGUACGAGCGUCGACGACGCGGAGAUCCGGCGCACGUAUUCGAAGAAGCGGGCGGCCGCGGACUUGGCGUACCGCCGGCUCAUGCAGCACCGCUACGACCUGAAGGAGUCCGGCGGCACCGCGGCCGACGGCUGCUUCGCGCGGCGCGUCGGCGAGGAGUGGCAGUUCUUCGCGAACGCCGGCGGCAUCUACGAGGCCUUCCGCGAGGCCUUCCCGGACCUCUUCGGGGACGUUCGGAAGACGGGCAACCAGGUCAGGUCCGUGCUCCGAGGGGAGAAGCGCGUGGACGGGUUCGAGGCACUGCUCUGGCCCGAGGACGUGCCCCAGGAGCUCGUCGAGAAGGCCGUCGCGGCCAUGGCGAAGGAGUCGAUCUCGAAGAAGCGGGCGACCGAGGACUUGGCGCGCCGCCGGGUCGCGGAGCACCGGUUCGACCUGAAGGAGUCCGGCGGCGGCGCGGCCGACGGCUGCUUCGCGCGGCGCGGCGGCGCGGAGUGGCUGUUCUUCGCGAACGCCCGCGGCAUCUGCGAGGCGUUCCGCGAGGCCUUCCCGAAACUCUUCGGAACCGUCAUGAAGACGGGCAACCAGGUCGCGUCCGUGCUCCGAGGGGAGAAGGCCAUCUCGGGGUUCGAGGCGCUGCUCUGGCCCACGGACGUGCCCCAGGAGCUCGUCGAGAAGGCCGUCGCGGCCAUGGCGAAGAAGUCGAAGAAGAGGAAGAAGUCGAAGAAGCCGAAGGAGACGAAGGAGACGAAGGAGACGGAGACGUCGAAGCAGUCGAAGGAGACGGAGACGUCGCGCGGCCUCAUCAGCAAGUGGAAGGACGAGGUCGUCGCCCUGCGCGAGGAGUUCCCGGCCGCGGAGUUGCCGACGGACGCGGUCGAGGUGGCGCCCGUGGACGUGACGGGAAGCUGGACCCCUGAGGAGCACUGUGAAUCUUUGCGCGGAUUUUAUCACGGCCUGGACGCGUCUGGAAUGGCCAAUUUCCACCCGACGCGGACCGCGGACCAGAUCCGGACCCACGCGCAGAAGUACUUCGCGAAGAUGGCGUCCGCGGAGCCCGGCGAGGCGGUUGCCGAGCUGCGCGCCGCGCUGGAGGUCCAGUCGAUGCCCGGGACGGCUGACGCGAGGGAGCGGUGCCUGCGGGAGCUCGACGAGCAGCGUCCCGGGUGGGCGGCGGCGGCGAAGAAGUCGAAGCCGAAGAAGCGACGGCGGCGGGCGACGCGCCAGGAGUUCACGGAGAAGAUGGAGCGCAAGACAGCCGAGCAUGCCGAACAUCUACGCCCCUACGAACAAGCCUACGGCAAGGCCGGGCUGCCCCCGCCGGAACCGGGCCGCACGAAAGCCGCGAACUCGGUCGCCGACAGCGUCGCCGCGGCGCUCGUACUUCUGAACGAGCACCGGCGGCUCCAGGACGACGACGACGACGCGAGCGACUCGGAGGAGGACGGCGCCGACGCGAGCGACGCGGGCGAGACGUCGGGGUUCGAGGAGGACGGGGACUCGCACAUGAACGACGUGGACGACGACGUCUCCGUCGAGGACGCGGAGGCGUCCAGCGACGCGCCGACGGACGACGAGGGCGAGGGCUCGACAACGGGCGCGACGGACGACGAGGGCGAGGGCUCGACCACGGGCGACGCGGACGUGACCUGCUGCGGCGCGGCCUGCCUGGAGAUGGACGUCGACGUGCCCGGCGGGUUCGCGGCGUCGUGCAAGUGCGCCGCGCCGCCGCCGUCCGCCGGCGAGGGCGACCUCGUGGCCGCGCUCGUGAGCCAGUACGAGCCCUUCGACGACCCGGACGUGCUCAGCGACGGCUCGGAGCCGCGCUCGCUCGCCGAGCUCAAGUUCCACCCCACGGGCGACUUCGCGUCCCUCGGCGGCGCCCUGUGCGGCGCCUUCAACGACGGCCAGAGGGGCCACAACGCGCUGAAGCUACUCUUCGGCAAGGGCAGGGACGUCGCGACGGAGGGCCUGAAUUCUUCAAUCACCUCGGCUUCCGCCGCGAUUUACGUCGCGAAAUCCAAGACGGACCUCCUGCUCGAGCGGCUCCUGAACUUGGACGAGUCCGCGAGUCUCGGGGACCCGGCACAGUCGAUGGUGGCCGACAUCCCCUCCGCGGUCAAGGCGCGCGUCGUCGAGGCCUUGGCCCACAAGGUCGGCCGCGACGUCGCCCGGAGGGACGGGAAGAUCCGCCUCGUCUACCGGAGGCUCGGCGCGGGCGGCGCCCAAGGCAAAGGCCCCUGGGACGUCGCGGGGCGCGCCUUUCUCUUGGACGACGAAACCGGCGAGUGGCUCGUCGGCGGGCCGCGGAACGCGCGGCUCCACCCCGCCUGCUGCCUCCCCUCGAACCUGGGGCCGCCGCCGACGGCCGGGAAGCGCGUCGACGACUGGGACUCGGACGACGACGACGAGUCAGACGACGACGACGCGCCCCAGGCCAAGCGCCGCCGCGCGCCGCCCCGCGAGGCCGCGUCCAAGCGCCACCGCGCCGCGGCUGCGAACGACCUCGCCGCCGCGCCGCGCCGCAGCAAACGCGCGUGUACUCCGACCGCGGCCGCGGCCGCGCGCGGCGACGUUGAUUCCGAGGAUUCCGACGAGGACGCCUAGGCGAUGACGACGUCCGGGCUGAACGCCGAGUAACUAUACUUUUUUCCGCU